AAUUAUUUGUUUAGUAUGUCAUGCUUUCAUAGGAUUUCUUAAGUUUUCAAAAAGCUAAAAGGAUCGGUGUUGUGUAUAAUUGUUUAUACAUUGAGUAAAAGGAGAAAGUUCUUAUCGGGAUAAGGCGUCAUUUUAAUGCAGAAACCUGCCGAUAACAGCACCGCAGGUGAGAGUUUGUACCUUAUCCUAGGAGUGGACAAAGAAGCUAGUCCUGAUGAAAUAAAGAAGGCGUAUCGCAAGUUGGCUCUGAAAUAUCAUCCCGAUAAGAAUCCUGGGAAUGAAGAAGCUUCAGAUAAGUUCAAGCAAAUAAAUCACGCCAAUGUGAUACUAAUGGAUGAUCAGAAGCGACAAAUCUACAACAGAUACGGUAGUGUCGGUCUGCAAAUUGCUGAACAAUUCGGCGAGGAGAAUGUUGGCGUAUACUAUUGUAUGAACAGCACUGUGUGUCGGGUGAUAGGUACGAUAAUAUUCCUGUUGACAUGCUGUUGCUUCUGUUGUUGCUGCUGCUUCUGCUGUUGUAACUGUUGCGGUAAACUAGACAGAGAACAAGAGGACUUUGGUGAUGUCAGGCCUGAAGAUUUGGAGGAAACAGAAGAGCAGAAGGAUCAGAAAGAAACAGUUACCCAGCAACCGACGACUAACGGUGACUCUACAGCAAUACCAAUGCCUGAAGCUUAGUAACACGUGACAGCUGGAUUCUGUCACGAGUCUUCGAGUUAUGCCACCGGUCACGUGACGUCAUCACAUCACCACGUGACGUCAUCACAUCACCACGUGGCGUCGUCAAGCUGUUAUCUCAAGUGAAAAUAGCUAAAUCCUUUUAGUUUAUUUAGAUAACUUUACUGUGUUCAAUAUAGUGCUCCUUUGAUCAUGGUCUCUGUAUAAAAGUGGCUGCUAGCGAUCACCAUCUCCUGUAUCUAUAAUAACUAAUUAAAAUUUAGUAUUUUUUCAAUCUGUGCCUGUUUAAGUAAAUAUCAUAUUUAAGGUGAAGCUUAACAACGUUGGGUUUAUCUAUUUACAUGUCAAUGCGAUACAUUUUGUUCAUUUAAGAUGCAUUUUAGAACAUCUUGAUCUACAGUCAGUAUAGCAUGGACAUCCAAAACACGAUUCAUCUUAUAAAUACACCCAUCUUACUGUAAAGAUUAUGUAAUUAGAUAAUAUCCACGAGAUUAGUUAUUUUUAUUUACUCUCACUGAUUGUAAUAUGUAGAACUGCACGAGAAGUUGUAUAAGAAGAGUUUGGGAAUUCGUGUGCGAUUAUUGUUGUAGAUUGUAAAGUUUCUUGUUGAUGGUUUUAUAUUUGACUGUGAUCUACAGUAUAGGUGAAAUUCAGUAAUUAUGAGCAUUAUAAAGCACGGUAUGAUAGUUCAACCAUAGUGAUACACCGCCAUCUUUCCAAAAAUAUUUUAGAAGAAGUUUACCAUCUGCAUUGUAUUGUGUCAUGAUGAAGGGUUCUUAUAUUUCCGUUAAAGUUAUAGAAACGUAACUGUUAGCUAGCUAAAUAUUCCACGAGAUCCUAUGAGAUGAUUUAAGUGAUGUUGUAUUAGUGAUGUAGUGUUGAGUGUAUUUAAAACUUUUAUUGCAGCUGUCUUCAGCUAAUAUUAUCCGUAAAGUCACAUAUUAAUUGAGUGCCAGUUAAGUCAAUUAAACAUCAUUUUUAGACAUACUCACCAA